AGCGCGCGGCGCGGCGAGGCGAGGCGAGACGAGGCGAGAACAGCCGAAAUGGAGGAGAGCCAAACAUCGGAAAGUGUCGCCGUGCUACCGGACAUGUCCGAACCGUUGACGAGCGAGACCGAGGAGGCGGCCGCGCUGACGAGCGAGCACGAGGCACAUCCCGUCGCGGUCACGGCGAGCGUCACUACGGUACCGGGUGUGCCGGGCGUUCCCGGGGUCGGCGUGCCGGUCUCUCUUCCCGUCGGCUCCAUCAUCGGUGUAGCGAACUCGAGCAAUGGCACGACCUUCAACGUCAUCACCUCGGAUCAGCUGCAGCUGCCGGGUUCGGGGCAGUUCAAGCAGAUGCUAUGCGUCGACAACGGGUUCAUUUGCGAGCCGCGUCACGACAAGGACUCGGAUCCGCUGCGUUGGAAUGGUGAGCUGAAGGCGACGCACAUAGUGAUCCAGAACAGCACGGACGAGACAGAGUCGGAGCAGAUACACGUGUCCACGCCCAGCUCUCAGCCGAUAUACAGCUGGUCGGAUUCGGCGAAUCUAGCGGUGCUGCCGAUCAGAUGUAAGAACACAAACGCGGAGCUGCACAAGAGCAGAUUCGGCUCGGGCGGUAGAGGACGUUGCAUCAAGCUCGGCAACGACUGGUACACACCCAGUGAGUUCGAGGCUCUCUGCGGCAGGGCGUCCAGCAAGGAUUGGAAGCGCAGCAUUCGAUUUGGCGGCAGGAGCCUUCAGACUCUCAUCGACGAACAAAUUUUAAAGCCUCACGCAACCUCCUGCACCUGCGCGGCGUGCUGCGACGACGAUAGCGCUACAGGACCGGUGCGCCUCUUCACUCCGUACAAACGUCGAAAGAGACCGAAGGACUCGCCCGACGGAGAGACACCCUCGCGCAAGCACAAGCUCGAGAAUUCGCGCGACGGCAGCAAUAACGAUGAGAGCGGCGACGAGGUUGUUGUGCCCGACAAAGAGGUCUGGCCGCAGUUUGUUUCCGCGGACGGGCUGGUGGUGCAGCAGUCUCAGGAACAGGACGCGGUUGUGCAGAACGCGCAUCAAACGGAAAACGGUCAAGGCGACGACGUCUUUAAGAAACUGGACGAGAUGUCCAACAAAAUGCUGAAGCUGGCUUACGAAUUCAGACGGACCUUGGAAGAGGCGAAGGAGUUGAACAGGCAGCAGAGAAGGGAGCAGGCACUGGUCGCGCAACUCGGGGGCCGGGCGGAUGUUAUCGAGACUGUUGGAUUACAACCGGCAUCUGAUUCGCAUAACAAGAAGUGUGCCAACUGUAAUCGAGAGGCGUUUGCAGAGUGCUCUCUGUGCAGACGCACGCCGUACUGCUCGACGUUUUGUCAGCGUAAAGACUGGGGAAGCCAUCAGAUAGAAUGUGUGAGGGGUGCGGCCGAGACCGUGAUGCUUAUAGUAGAAAGCGGCAACGGGGACACGAGCACUCUCCCGACGACCGCAACGGACCAAUAGCUAGUGUUUCUCACGCCGAUUCACCAAAGGAAUGCGGAAAGCGAGGAAUCCAAUGUGGAGGCACUGAAAUUCAAGGAAGAGACGUAGAUUCGAAGCGUUCACAUUGCGCAGACAUGCGUGUGUAUAUAUAUGUAUGGUAGAGAUUAUUUUAUGUGUAUAUGUUAUACAUAUACGGUGUACA